CCACUUUGUGCGCAUUCUUUAUUUCACCGACUUGAAGCAAGUUCUUGCUGUAAGUUUGCCGGUUCCCGUGGCUUAAACCUGAAGGUGUGGAGGCUGUCAUUCGGUACAGAUGUCGGAGCAGUUGCUGCAGUGGUGUGUGGAACAGUUACACCACAAGUUUGGGUUGGAGGCGUGUGAAGAAAUCGUGCAGUACAUUCUGUCAAUUGAGAAAGCUGAAGAGAUUGAGGAGUAUGUGGGAGACCUCCUGCAGGGCACUGAUGGGAAAAAGGGGCAGUUUAUUAAUGAGCUCAUCAGCAGAUGGAAGAAGACCCAAAAACAGGCUGCAGAUACCACAGGUCUUUUCAUCCUCAAAGAGUCUGUUUUAUCAGCAGAUACACAAGAUAUGACCAAAGAUACCCAGAAGAAGUCUAAACGCAAAGGACGUAACAAACAGGAGGUGAUGACAGUGAGUCAAACAGAACCUGAGCCGGAGGCUGUAAAAACCCCCAUUGAUCUGAUGAGAAUCCAGGAAAAUAGUAAUACGUCUUCAUCAAAGAAGAAAACAAAGUUUGUCAAUCUUUAUGCUAAAGAGGGUCAGGACAGGCUGACUGUCUUACUUCCAGGUCGGAACGCAUGCGAUUGCCUUGCCCAAAAGCACAAGCUUAUUAACAACUGCAUCACCUGUGGCCGUAUUGUGUGUGAGCAAGAGGGCUCAGGACCCUGCUUCUUCUGUGGCAGCUUGGUCUGCACAACAGAGGAACAGGAGAUCCUACAGCGAGACUCCAACAAAAGCCAGAAACUGAGAAAGAAGCUCAUGGGAGACUUUGGAGAAAGAGAAUAUUUCGCGCACCAAGAGGCCAAGGUGACAGCCGGGCUGGAGAAGGCAAUUCAGCACAAAGACAAACUGCUGGAAUAUGACAGGAAUAGUGUCAGGAGAACACAGGUUCUGGAUGAUGAGUCGGAUUACUUUGCCACUGAAUCCAAUCAGUGGUUGUCACCCGGUGAGCGAGAGAAGCUGAGGAAAAAGGAAGAGGAGCUGAGAGAGCUUCGCCAUGCCUCUCGCAAAGACAGGAAGAUCACACUCGACUUUGCUGGUAGACAAGUGAUUGAAGAGGGAAACGACCUGAACCAGUAUUACAACAAGUUGGAUGAGACCCUGAAGGCAAUGAGCACCGAGUCAGUGUCAAAAUCACCGGCGUCUUCUGAAAGAAAGGGUAGAAGGCAGGGUCUCAGAGAUCUGGUGAACCCCAACAUUAUGCAUUCUGCACCAGAGUGGGUUGAUGUUGGAGGCCAUGAAAGCCACAAGAAAACGAUGGAGAGGGGAGAGACUUCAAUGGAGGAUGAGGGAAGAGAAAAACGACAGAAGUUGAGGCUCCAAGACAAAGAGCUGCAGGAGAUAUCUGAUGGCGGCUGGUGCCUCAGCAUGCACCAGCCGUGGGCCUCCCUGCUGGUCAAAGGCAUCAAGAGGGUAGAAGGACGGACGUGGUACACGUCACACCGUGGUCGGCUUUGGAUUGCAGCUGCAGCCAAGAAGCCCACCCCUCAAGAGAUCGCAGAGGUGGAAGCCAUGUACCGGCACAUCUAUAGGAAAGAGGCCAAGUUUCCUAAAGACUAUCCCACUGGCUGCCUGUUGGGCUGCGUCAAUGUGACUGACUGCCUAUCUCAGGAGCAGUUCAGAGGACAGUUUCCUGAUACCUGCGAGGAGUCUGCGUCGCCAUUCGUCUUCAUCUGCACCAACCCCCAGGAGCUGCUAGUGAAAUUCCCCAUGAAAGGGAAGCACAAGAUCUGGAAACUGGAGAACCACUACCACCAGGGUGCCAAGAAGGGACUGGUCCCAUCAGCUGCAGACUGACUGUGAAGGAAAAGCUCAGCAGGAAAAAAGCUGCAACUUUUUUUUUUUUUUUUUCUUUCUUUCCCCACUAGGUUGCCUCAACAUUUUGGCAAAAGUUGCCGUAGCUGACAUUAUUGUUAGAGACAUCUUACUCUUUGUUUUCAAUCCCUGGUAUUUAUAUUAAAGUAAUCAAUAUGGGUUAACUGUAUGAAGUGCAAAAUUGUAUGAUUAUACCUUUGUGAUUGCAUAAAUUAUAUUUUUUCUUAUUUCAAUUGAAGAAUGUGUCUGGCAGAAUGAAACAGACUUAAUCGAGUCACAAGAGGUAAUUUAAUUUUUGUCGUUAUUAACCUGUCUGGUUAAAUGAGAUGACGGGGGAGAAAUUUUUUUAGCUUUAUUUUUAGUCAAGAGCAUAAUAACCACAGGAGAAAUGCUGUUCAUCUCUUCUCAACAGAAGCAGGCCUGUCAUUACCCUGCACACACCUAAGGCCUCAUUUAGACCAACAGUAGCACUCUUAAAAACACACACGCACACACAGAGCCCACUCAUUAUUUUCAAUGAAACCAUUUCAUUGGCACAGCAGGGGGAAAGAUGCAGAAGGCUCCAGCAGGGAGAAGAAAAAAAAAAUUGAUCUUGGACCUGCAGUGUAAUCUAACAUCACACAGCAACGCACUGAUUAGGCUUAUCAAGUACAUGCCUGGUCCAUACGCUGCAGAUGUAAACUUCAGCGUUGUGUCAGUUAUUUUGUCUCCCCCAUAGUCUUCAAAUACUGUGGGGGAGAGUUAUUGCUGCCACGAUAACCUUUCAGAGUUUUAAAGUCCCCCCCUUAAACCGCCGUCUGAUAAGGCCUCGGACUCGGGAGCUCAUUCAGCUGCUUGGAUGGUAUUUCAUCUCCUCUCCAGUACCUGCAGCAACAUGCCCACAUGGAGGAAAACCCUUGGAAGCGGGGGUAUUUUCAGUCAAAACACACUGGAUUAUCUGGCCUGUGUCUGUGCUCCCUGCUCACGUCAAGACUUUA